AUGGUGACUGGACCCUGUGGUGCCUGCAAGCACCUCCGCCGCAAGUGCGUGAGGGAAUGCGUGUUCGCCCCUUUCUUCCCUGCCGAUAACCCAGACAAAUUUGCCUCCAUUCACACUGUCUUCGGCGCCUCUAACCUCACGAAGAUCCUCAGCGAACUUCCCCGUGUCUGUCGUGGAGAUGCCAUUGUCUCCCUCAUCUAUGAAGCUGAGUCCCUCAUCCGCGAUCCAACCAAGGGGCCCCUGCACCACAUUCAGAGCCUUCAAAUGGGGCUCGAACAGCUCCAAGAAGAUAUCAAAGUCGCCCAACAAGAACUCGCUACCCUAAUUUCUGGUGAAUCUUCCUCUUCUAAUGAUCCACCUAACCCUGCGCCCUCUUUGGCCGAUGGCCGCACUUCCGACCCUCCUAUGAUGCCACCAUCUUCUGUUGCUCCACCUUUGAUGCCCACCGCACCAGUUACAGAUCGAUUUCUGAUGCAGCCGGUUCGUCAGCAGGUGGCAUCUGAUGCCGUACAGUAUGAAUUCUCUUCACCUUCUGCAUUUUUUGAAGCAUCAUGGAAUCGUUUGAUGAGUCUGACUCUCGAAGACGCUCAGAGGAUGGGUGUGCACUACAUUGGAGGGCAGGAUGUGACUCCAGCAACCGGCACCGGGAUGGCCGGAACGUCGUCGUUGUGGUGA